AUGCAGCGGAUAGACAAGCAUGACAAGGGUUGGAGACGGUUUGUCCGGAAUUUCACUCCAUCCUGGUUCUCUGUGACAACAGGCACGGGAAUGAUCUCGAUGCUCCUUAAUACCCUCCCAUACAACGGCCGGUGGCUGUACUGGAUCUCUGUGGCGGUUUUUGCACUCAACGUCUUUCUUUUCGUCAUGGCGUGUCUCCUGACCUUGUUGCGGUUCGCUCUAUAUCCGGAAACGAUCAGGGCCACCAUUGCAGAUCCGGUGCAGUCAAUGGUUCUGGGUGGCUUUCCAAUGAGUCUGGCAACGAUAAUCAAUAUGUUCUGCUUCGUCUGCGUGCCUGUUUGUGGUGAAUGGGCUGUGACCUUCGUCUGGGUUCUGUGGAUCAUCGAUGCCUUGAUAUCUGUGGCCACCGCGCUCACCCUUCCAUUUGUAGUCAUGUCUCGAGGACGCAUCGUCCACCUUUCGACCAUGACGGCGGUCUGGCUGAUGCCAGCCUCGACUUGCCCUCUCGCCGCCGGCAGCGGUUCGAUCGUUGCUGGUCUCCUCCCAAACGCCGAUCAUGUACUUUGGACCCUCAUCGCGAGCUACGUCAUAUGGGGCCUUGGGUUGUCUCUUGCCAUGAUGAUCUACGUUAUCUACUUUCAGCGCCUGACAUUCCACAAAAUCCCACCCAAGGAGGUCAUCGUGAGUGUGUUUCUACCUUUGGGAUCAGUAGGGUCGGGGAGCUACGCGAUUAUGAGACUGGGCUCGGUAGCUUUGGAUAUAUUCCCGAAAACAAACUCGCUCCGCAGCGUAGAUGCAGCACCAGUCUUCUAUGCCAUGGGCUUCAUGAUCGGGCUGUUAAUGUGGGCCUUCGGAUUGGUCUGGCUGUUCUUUGCGUCUGCAUCUAUUGCAAGAUGUAGGCAUUUCCCCUUCAAUAUCGGUUGGUGGGCAUUUACUUUUCCCCUGGGCGCACUUGCUUUGAGUACCUGUCGGCUGGGACGCGAACUGCCUUCGGUGGUCUUUGACGUGCUGGGUACAAUUAUUUCUUUGGUUGCUGUGGUCUUGUGGAUGAUAUGCUCUCUCGGCACAGUACAGGGCAUCAUGUCUGGCAAACUAUUCGUUGCGCCAACUCUUGUCGAGACGAAGCAUAAAGAGGUUGACAAAGAUUGCUUUGCAUAA